AUGGGCUCCCUCACGCCUAACAAUGUCGCUCCUGGCGGCCUCGUCCUAGUCACCGGUGUGAACGGCUUCCUGGCCGCUCACCUCGCCAUCAACCUUGUCGAGCGCGGCUACAAGGUUCGCGGUACAGUCCGCUCUCAGGAAAAGGCGGACUGGAUCACCGAAGCAGUUACAAAGCGCUACCCCGAGGCUUCGUUCGAGGCGCUGGUGGUACCCAACAUCUCCGCCCCUGGGGCUUUUGAGGAAGCCGUCCGCGGCGUCGAUGGCAUCGCCCAUGUUGCCAGCGACUUGACCUUUGGCAACGAUCCCAACAAGGUCAUCACACCCAUGCUCGAGGCCCUCCACAACAUCCUCAGCAGCGCCGCCAAGGAACCCACCGUCAAGCGCUUCGUGCUGACCAGCAGCGCCAUUGCGUGUCUGACUCCGCAGCCGGAGAAGGAAAUCCACGUCGACACCACCACGUGGAACGACAGCAGCAUCGAACGGGCGUGGGCUCCACCUCCGUACGAGCCUGAGCGCUGCUGGGACGUCUAUGCCGCCCUCAAGACCUCGACCGAGCGUGAGUUCUGGAAAUUCGUCCAGGAAAGCAGACCCGGCUUCGUCGCCAACGCCGUCCUCCCGGAUUUCAUCGUCGGCCCUAUCGUCCACGCCAAGCAGAAUGGCAGUACCGGCCGCUGGGUGAAGGAGUUCUUCGAUGACCCGGUCAACUACUACAAGCCCCUGCAGACCUUCAUCCCCCGGCACUGGGUGGAUGUCACCGACGUGGCGCUGCUGCAUAUUGCGGGUUUGACGGAGGUAGAUGUGCAGAACGAGCGGCUGCUGGCCUUCGCUGGCCCGUUCAACUUCAACAGCUGGCUGAGUGUGUUCCGGAAGAUUGAUCCUUCCAAACCGUGGCCGGCGGAUGAUCCGGAGCAGGUCAACGAUCGGAGCACGGUGGAUACGGAGAGAUCAAAGGAGAUUCUGAAGCGGUACUCUCGCGUUGGCUUUACGUCUUUCUUUGACAGUGUGCGCGAUAACUGCCUCAAGAGUGACCCUGAGUGGAAGCGGUCGAACUUUCCUUAG